CACAGUUGACGUCAAAUGAUUCGUCAAUGAUCUUGGCGACAAACAGAGUUGAGGAGGCUGUAUCAUUGGGCUCUGUGAGCUGAAGGAGAGGACCCUUUACCCAAGAGCUACCGGCUAUUAGCUACCGCUAGCUAGAUUACUAUCGCCAUGGAGUUGGCUCACAGUCUACUUCUGAACGAGGAAGCCCUAGCUCAGAUCACUGAGGCUAAGAGACCCGUAUUCAUCUUUGAAUGGCUCCGCUUCCUGGACAAGGUUCUAGUGGCAGCAAACAAGGUGGAUGUGAAAGAGAAGCAGAAGAAGUUGGUUGAGCAGCUGACAGGGUUGAUCAGCAGUGCCCCUGGCCCUCCCACCAGGAAAUUGCUAGCUAAGAACCUGGCUACCCUCUACAGCAUAGGAGACACCUUCACCGUCUUCCAGACACUGGACAAGUGCAACGACAUCAUCAAGAGCAAGGAUGACACGCCCACCUACCUCCCCACCAAACUCGCUGCGGUGGCCUGUAUUGGGUCCUUCUAUGAGAAGAUGGGGCGGAUGCUGGGAAGCUCCUUCCCGGACACCAUCACCAACAUGCUGAAAGCACUGAAGACUGCAGAGUCUCAGGGUCGUAGUGAGAUUCUCCUGAGUCUACAGAAGGUGUUGAAUGGUCUUGGUGGAGCAGCAGCCUCUUGCCAUAGAGACAUCUAUAAGAUCACUCGCUCCCUACUCACAGACCGCUCCAUGGCUGUGCGCUGUGCCGUGGCUAAGUGUCUGCUAGAGCUGCAGAAUGAGGCUGUGUUCAUGUGGACCACCGAGCUGGAGAACCUAGCUACUCUGUGCUUCAAGGCCCUGGAAGGAUCGAACUAUGGAGUGAGGGUAGCCGUAUCCAAACUGCUAGGAACCAGCAUGGCCACGGCCCUGAUGCCCAAACAAGCUGCAGUGAUGCGUCAGAACGUGAAACGCGCCACACUAGACGAGGUGUUGGAGCUGAUGGCUACAGGCUUCCUGAGAGGCGGGUCUGGCUUCCUGAAGAGCGGGGGGGAGAUGCUGAAGGGAGGGGGCUCUGUCAGCAGAGAGGUGCGGGUGGGAGUCACACAGGCAUAUGUUGUAUUCGUGACCACGCUGGGCGGCCAGUGGCUGGAGAGGAACUUUGCCACGUUCCUGUCUCAUGUUCUGGACCUGGUCAGCCACCCGCGGGCCACCCAGACACACGUGGAGGCGGUGUACUCCCGUCGUUGUGUGUCGUUCAUGCUACGCUCCACUCUGGGCGGGCUGCUAGGGGAGAAGGCCCAGAUCGCCGCAGGGAAAGACAUCUGCCAGGCUAUCAGUAAACAGAUGAGGGCUGUGGAGGCAGUAGUGAAUGAUACCAGUGGAGAGAACAAGGCAGGAGCAGCUGAUGUGUCUGCCAGUCAACACGUGAUGGUCUGUGCCCUCAAAGAGCUGGGCAGCCUGGUGCAGAGUCUUAGUGCCACAUCCUCACCGCUCAUACAGGAACCCUCUAUUGGUCUCCUGGAGACGGUCUCCUCUGUGCUGCUCCACCCCAGCAUGGCGGCCCGUCUGGCGGCGGCCUGGUGUUUACGCUGCGUUGCCGUGGCGCUGCCCUAUCAGCUGACUCCCCUGCUGGAGCGCUGUGCGGAGCGGAUCAACAACCUGAAGAGUUCUCCAGAGGCCGUCAGCGGCUACAGCUUCGCCAUGGCUGCUCUGCUGGGCGGCGUGCACCAAUGUCCUCUGGGCGUACCGCAUUCCAAGGGAAAGCCCGCUCCCAGUCUCAGCCCGCUCCCAGUCUCAGCCCUCUCAGCCCGCUCCCACUCUCAGCCCGCUCCCACUCUCAGCCCGCUCCCACUCUCAGCCCGCUCCCACUCUCAGCCCGCUCCCACUCUCAGCCCGCUCCCAGUCUCAGUGCGCUGA